GACAAGUAAAAUUAUUUGACUUUGACAGGUCAUCUGUUUACUGUCUUUUUUACAAAAAAUUAAAUAAUUUAAUAUUAAAAAUGUUAAAAGUUUUCUCGGAAAUAUGCUCGAAUGUGGGCAAAUCUUUGGGUAAAAGAUCUCUACAAACUAGUACUACUUUACAACAUGAUAGUUUGUUCGUACAUAGGGAUAGUCCUGAGGAUAACCCGGAUGUUAAGUUUGAGUUCACCCCUGAAAAUAAGAAGCGAGUAGAUGCCAUAUUAGCAAUAUAUCCAGAUGGGCAUAAAAGAGCAGCAAUGAUUCCACUUUUAGACUUAGCUCAAAGACAAUAUGGAUGGUUACCAAUUUCAGCUAUGCACAAGGUUGCAGAAAUUUUAAAGCUGCCUAAUAUGAGGGUUUAUGAAGUUGCUACUUUUUAUACAAUGUUUAUGAGAAAACCUACUGGUAAAUACCACGUUCAAAUCUGUACUACUACCCCUUGUUGGCUGCGAGGUUCAGAUGAAAUUUUAGAUGCCAUCAAGUCAAAUUUGAAUAUUGAUGUUGGUGAAACUAGCAAAGACAAAAUGUUUACCUUAUCCGAAGUAGAAUGCUUGGGAGCCUGUGUCAAUGCCCCUAUGAUACAGAUCAAUGAUGAUUAUUAUGAAGACUUAACAGUUCAGUCAACCAAUGAAAUACUUGAUGCUUGUAAAGCUGGAGAAAAACCGAAUCCUGGCCCAAGGAGUGGGAGAUUUGCAGCAGAACCAUUAGGAGAACCAACUUCACUGAUAGACCCUCCACCAGGACCUGGUUUUGGAGUUAGAAAAGAUUUGUAAAUAAUUAAAAAAUAAAUUUAAGUAUUAGAUUAAAAUUUCUAUUAUUUACACUCAAUAAAAGA